AUGGGGAGGAACAUCAAGUUACUCCUGUCUGCAGAAGAUCUAAUGCCUGUCCUGGACGAAGAAGAGCUUGAAUUCCAAAAUGAGGAGAACCCUGAAUCUAAGCUGGCCUAUGAGUUGUUUCGACAGAAAAACUCUAAGGUAAAACUCCUCGUGUUGAGUUCUCUGAAAAAGACCAUCGCUGAUUCUUUCAAAGAUCUGUACUUGACUAAGGACAUGAUAGAGGAGUUAAAGGAGAUGUAUGGGAGAGAAGAAAGGCAUGCCCAUCAUCAGCUAGUGACACUCCUCCAUAGCAUGAAGAUGGCUCAAGGUACUCCGGUUAUUGACCAUGUCAUGAAAAUGCGAAACUUGUUCCAAGAAUCGGAGAACCUUGGGACAUCCUUCAAGCUGAAUUAUAAGACGGAUGUCAUUUUUUACUCUUUGCCUCAGGAGAUCUAUGGAUCGUUUAUUGUUAAUUAUAAUAUGAAUAAACUCUCCUUGGAACUCCCUGAGCUGGCCAACAUGUUACAAGAAGUGGAAGCUGCAUCCAAGAAGUAG